UGAAGCUCGUCAUAUCGGGAAUUGUUUUUUUAGCCUGCCUUUUUAAUUGCACUAAAGAAGGAUCAGCACGCUUGCUUGAUAGGAACUGUGGAAUAUCAACGAUUGACGAUAUAGAGGCUCAUAUUCAUGAUGGUAAAAUAACAACUAUUAAGGAGAACCCAUGGAUGGUAAAGAUAUCAACAAAAAAUGGUCUUUCGAUUUCUUUUGUGUGUAGCGGCAUACUCAUCACAACACGCUUAGUUCUUACGGCUGCGCACUGCAUUUUUUUUAAUGACACAUAUUUGCACUUGGGCGAUUAUUUAAUCGUAGAUCCCGAACCAGAUUGCACUUCGGGUAAAUGCAUACCAAAGGCGUAUAAUUAUAGAGCCGAUAUGAAAUUUACUCACAGAAAUUACAAAGGACGUCUUUCGAAGUUCGAUAUAGGUAUGUAUCGAAUGGAGAAAGAGGUGACAUAUUCAGAAUUUGUUCGACCUAUAUGUCUACUCGUCGAUGAUCAAAUACUAGAAGCUAAAAAAUUUAACAUCACCGGCUGGGGUAAGACUAAGCAGGAGCAGCCAGUCAACCGGACUCUACAAACAGGGACAGUUUACCCACUGAAUAGUUCCUUUUGUGAUGCCAAGUAUAGUACUAAUACUGACCGAUCCCAGAUAUGUGUCGGCAGUAACUCAAUUGGCUCAUGUGAAGGCGAUUCUGGAGGCCCAUUAAGUUCAGUGAUGCCUUACGAAAAUACGAACAGGACUUUUCUGUACGGUUUGGUUAGCUUUGGUUCUGAUAAGUGCUCUAAGGAAUCUGGAUUGAGUGUUCUCACAAAUGUAACCCAUUACAUGAAAUGGAUCGAGAAUGUAAUCAAGGCUUCCGAAAUUCAGUAUGCAGGUAACGGCGGCUUCUGGCAUAAAAUUGCUGAAGUCGCACUCUGAUUCGGAUGGCGGGACUUUAAGCUCCUUUUUGUAAAUAAAAUAAACUUACACAAGAAAGAAAGCUAAC